AUGUCCACCGACAGACUCCCUAAAGCCCUUCAAGCUACCGAAGAGGAUAUCCAACUCCUCUUGGCUGCUCAAGCUCACCUUGGUACCAAGAACUGUGAUAAGACUAUGGAACCAUACGUCUGGAAAAGACGAGCUGAUGGUAUCCACGUUCUCAACGUCGGUAAGACCUGGGAAAAGCUCGUUCUCGCUGCCCGAGUUCUCGCUACCAUCGACAACCCCAACGAUAUCUGUGUGAUCUCCGCUAGACCUUACGGUCACCGAGCCGUCCUCAAGUUCGGUAAAUUCACCGGUGCUCAAGCUAUCGCUGGUCGAUUCACCCCUGGUUCAUUCACCAACUACAUCACUCGAUCUUUCAAGGAACCCCGAGUCAUCAUCGUUACCGACCCAAGAGUUGACCACCAAGCUAUCCGAGAGGCUGCUUACGUUAACAUCCCAGUCAUCGCCUUCUGUGACACUGACGCUUCUCUCAAAUUCGUCGACAUUGCUAUCCCAGGUAACAACAAAUCCCGACACUCUGUCGGUUUACUCUGGUACUUGCUCUGUCGAGAAGUCCUCCGAUUGAAGGGUCAAGUCCCAAGAGGUCCUACCGGUCCUUCAGGAUGGGAAACCCUCCCCGAUUUGUUCUUCUACAGAGACCCUGAGGAGAUCGAACGAGAGGCCGCCGAGAAGGCCGCUGCCCAAGCCGAUGCUGAGGGUGCCGAUGCCGAUGCCGCCGCUUCCGCCGCCGCAACUGGUGUAGCCCAAGAAUGGGAUGCUGGAAACGCCGCUGACGCCGUCCUUGCUGCUCAACCCACCGACCAAGCCCUCGACUGGUCUGCCGAACCUACCUCCGGUGACUGGACCGCCGAGCCCGCUCAAGACGCUUCGGGCGGUUGGUAA